AUGGCGUUCAAAUUGUUCGUCCUGCUCUCUGCUCUACCCUCCAUCUUCCCUCAAUUCGCGGCUGCGAACUACGAGAGCUGGACCGGGCUUCCCUACUGCGCACAAGACUGCUUCACCAAGGGAAUCAAUGCUUCUCUCUCGACUUGCACGGAUGUGUCGCUUGACUGCUUCUGUCGGAAUACUGACGUUGCUAAGAAGUUUGACUUCUGUCUCCAGACCAAUGUACCUUGUGACUCGAAUCCUAUCAACAGCGAUGUCGAGAUCUUCAAGAAUCGUGUCUUCUGCAACGCCUCCGCCAACAGUGGUUUCAAAUACACGGUGAUCAAGGGCGCCAUGACCGUCACACUGGGAUCAGCAUCCGGAGGCGAUGAACCAGCCACAAUCUCGGAUUCUGAUCAGACGCAGGCAUGUUACCAUAUCACUCCGAAAACCCAACUGCAUGUCGACCCAACCUCGACCAAAUGCGCUAACUCGAGCUCUGUGACCGCAAUCCCUUCUCAGAGCUUGUUUACAAGCACGUCGACUGUUGUCGUGGAACUCGCAAGCGCUAUUUCAUCCAGCCGCAUGUUGAAUGGCACUUGGACCGGGUCUUCAGCACCUACCGUUAUCGUUGCAGGAUCGGUCAAUAGCGCAGCUCGUGCUCGUGUUGGUGUCUGGAAGACCGUGGAAUUUGGAAUAUGCCUCCUCGUGACAUGGAUCCUUGUUGCUAGGAUAUUCCACUGA